CUACAGCGAUGGCGGCACAGGGAGCAGCCGCGGCGAUUGCGGCGGCGACUUCAGGGGUCGCGGGGGAGGGCGAGCCCGGGCCCGGCGAGAAUGUGGCGGUCGAGGGGACCUCCCCGUCCCCGGGCCGCGUCUCUCCGCCGACCCCGGCGCGUGGCGAGCCAGAAGUCACCGUGGAGAUCGGAGAAACGUACCUGUGCCGGCGGCCGGAUAGCACCUGGCAUUCUGCUGAAGUGAUCCAGUCUCGAGUGAACGAUCAGGAGGGCCGAGAGGAAUUCUAUGUACACUAUGUGGGCUUUAACCGGCGACUGGACGAAUGGGUAGACAAGAACCGGCUGGCGUUGACCAAGACAGUGAAGGAUGCCGUGCAGAAGAACUCAGAGAAGUACCUCAGCGAGCUGGCCGAGCAGCCUGAGCGAAAGAUCACUCGCAACCAAAAGCGCAAGCAUGACGAGAUCAACCACGUGCAGAAGACCUAUGCAGAGAUGGACCCCACAACAGCAGCCUUGGAGAAGGAACAUGAGGCAAUCACCAAGGUGAAGUAUGUGGACAAGAUCCACAUCGGGAACUACGAAAUCGACGCCUGGUACUUCUCCCCGUUCCCUGAAGACUAUGGGAAACAGCCCAAGCUCUGGCUCUGCGAGUACUGCCUCAAGUACAUGAAAUACGAGAAGAGCUACCGCUUCCACUUGGGCCAGUGCCAGUGGCGGCAGCCCCCGGGGAAGGAGAUCUACCGCAAGAGCAACAUCUCUGUGUACGAGGUGGACGGCAAAGACCACAAGAUUUACUGUCAGAACCUGUGUCUGCUGGCCAAGCUUUUCCUGGACCACAAGACAUUGUACUUCGACGUGGAGCCAUUCGUCUUUUACAUUUUGACCGAGGUGGACAGGCAGGGAGCCCACAUCGUCGGCUAUUUCUCGAAGGAAAAGGAGUCACCAGAUGGGAACAACGUGGCCUGCAUCCUGACCCUGCCCCCCUACCAGCGCCGUGGCUAUGGAAAGUUCCUCAUUGCUUUCAGUUAUGAGCUGUCCAAGCUGGAGAGCACAGUAGGCUCCCCUGAGAAGCCACUGUCUGACCUGGGCAAGCUCAGCUACCGCAGCUACUGGUCCUGGGUCCUUCUGGAGAUCCUGCGAGACUUCCGGGGCACACUGUCCAUCAAGGACCUUAGCCAGAUGACGAGCAUCACCCAGAAUGACAUCAUCAGCACCCUCCAGUCCCUCAACAUGGUCAAGUACUGGAAGGGCCAGCAUGUGAUCUGUGUCACACCCAAGCUGGUGGAGGAACACCUCAAAAGUGCCCAGUAUAAGAAACCACCCAUAACAGUGGACUCUGUCUGCCUCAAGUGGGCACCCCCCAAGCACAAGCAAGUCAAACUCUCCAAGAAGUGAGUGUCCUGUGCCCCUGCUGCUGGACCUGUGCCUCCUUGCACCCCAGCCUGUAAAUAUGUACAGACCUGUUUCGUCAUUUUGUUGUUGUUGUUACGCGGGCCUCUCAUUGUUGGGGCCCCUCCCGUUGCGGAGCACAGGCUCCGGACGCGCAGGCUCAGCGGCCAUGGCUCACGGGCCUAGCUGCUCCACGGCAUGUGGGAUCUUCCCGGACCGGGGCAUGAACCCGUGUCCCCUGCAUUGGCAGGCGGACUCUCAACCACUGCGCCACCAGGGAAGCCCUCGUCAUUUUUUUAAUAAAGUAAGUUC